UAAGAGAAAAAAGAAUAAAAUAAGUAAAAUAAAAACAAAUACACACAACAAGCAAUAAAAUAAUAACUUUCCUGAAAACUUAAAAGAACAAUAAAUGAAAAGAUUUUCUGACGCGAUUCUCGAAAAUACCCUCCACACGAACUCCAAAUCGUCAGAAUAUGAUCUUCACUUGACGCCUCUCUCCCUCUCCCAUGGCCUCUCUCCUCCCUCCUUUAGGCCAUCGUUUAUCCUUUUCUGAUUUUCCAUGAUCAGAAGAAUCUUCGGCAACUCUCGCUUCCCCUUCGCCCAAUCCCUUUCUGAGACAUCGUUAGGAAAAUCCCCAGCAUCCGGUAAUGGGUCGAUCCAAGUCCAAAAUCAGCCGUAAAAUCCGCCGCCGGCUGUCCAUCCUCCGCCGCUGCAUUCUCCGGCUAUGGAACCAAAUCCUCAUGUGCUCCAUCGGGAAACCGAUUAGGUACCGAAUGAUGUCUCUUCCCGCCGUUGUUCCCUCCGCUUCAUUGCCUCUUUCCUCUGCCGCCGGCGGCGGCGUAAUGGAGGAGGUAGCCCUCGUCAAUCGUCCCCUGCCCUCCGCGGCGGCGAUUCUUCACAACAGCAGCAACGGCGUCCACCGUGUCGAUUCGGAUUUGGUUGCUUUGAAGAUUAGCCUCUUGGGUGACAGCAAUAUUGGGAAAACAAGCUUUUUGGCGAAGUACGUCGGCGAUGAGACGGAUGAAGGUGGAAGAAUCGGAGGAGGAGAUGGGCUUAAUUUGAUGGGCAAAAUAUUGCAAGUUGGUGGCGCUCGGAUUUCCUACACUCUCUGGGAAGUUGAUAGUGGAGAUAAGUCGAGGGACCUGAUUCCGGCGGCUUGUAAAGAUUCUGUGGCAAUUCUCAUCAUGUUCGACCUCACCAGUCGGGUCACUCUAAACGGAGUGAUGAGAUGGUAUCAAGAGGCACGGAAGUGGAAUCAGACGGCUAUACCAAUUUUGAUUGGAACAAAGUUCGACGAUUUCAUCCAGCUCCCCAUUGAUCUACAGUGGACAAUUGCCAGCCAGGCGAGAGCAUAUGCCAAGGCGCUGAACGCGACGCUGUUCUUCUCCAGUGCAACGUACAACAUCAAUGUGAACAAGAUCUUCAAGUUUAUAACAGCCAAGCUCUUUGAUCUGCCAUGGUCUGUGGAGCGAAACCUUAAUAUUGGAGAGCCUAUCAUUGACUUCUGAAGUUUUGUAGCAGGAACUCUCUCGACAACCAACCCUUUUCAUAUUGCCGCCUCCUCGAUGGACAGUGAUGAGUGUCAACCGGUCACCGGAAGUUGUUCUGCUUCGGUGAUUCCUGGAGUUGUUUCUUCUUGGAACUGUGGUGGUGGUGGCAGUGGCCUGGCGUGCGAUGCAGGUUGUGAUUUGUUACCCUCCCGAAGUGUAGAGAAAACUCACUGUUCUUUUCCUUUUCCCCAUUUCUUCAUCAAAUCACUAGUUCCUUAAUCUUUGUUUCUUACAAUUUUGUCCCUUCUGAGUGAUUUAUAGUUUCAUAGUACUCGGUCGGUUCAGUUCACACAUGUACAGGAUCCAGGAUCUUGGGGAAAAUAAUGCCAGUAAUAAUGAGAGAGGGGGUGUUUGGUGUAUGUUUCAGACUUGAUUCGAAAAAUUGCAGAAACUCAACACUCAACAGUCUAAAUGGAAGAGAGAGAUUUCUUAUUCUUAAAGCACAAUCCAUGUGGUUGUAACCAAUGCAGUCCAAAUCGCGCUUUAAAAUUUAAAAACUUACGAUUUUACCCUUUUAGGUCAUCAAAACGCUUUCGUUUCCAUAUAAAAACUUAAGUGUAUAAAAUCGGACUAAAUUCCGCUUUAAAGC